UCCAACUGAUUUCCAUAUGUAAUCAUCUCCUGGAAGUGUGCCCUGCACUUGGUGGAAGAUUAAAAAUUUUAUGUGAACUUUGACCUUUGUUUUUACCUUACUUAAGGCUUGGGUAGGUGGAGUUACAGGAAGACGAAGUCUGGACAUCCAGCCAGCAACACACAGCACUUCUGGACAGAAGGAUGUCUUUGGACAGAACAAGUCCAAAACCUGGAGACCUCAUUGAAAUUUUUUACCUUGGCUAUGAGCACUGGGCCAUCUAUGUGGGAAAUGGCUAUGUGGUCCAUAUGGCUCCAACAUGUGAAGCGGCAGGAGGUGGUGUGAGUGGCUUCAGUUCCGUCGUGGGUAACAGAGCCAUAGUGAAGAAGGAGCUGCUGUCCGUGGUGGCCGGAAAACACAAGUACCGGGUCAAUAACAAGCGCGAUAAAAAGUAUAACCCACUGCCACCCAACAAAAUUGUCCAGCAGGCAGAGAAAAUGGUGGGGAAGGAAGUCCCCUAUUCAGUGACAACUAACAACUGUGAGCAUUUUGUGACCGCGCUGCGCUAUGACAUUCCCCACAGUGACCAG